CUGACGUCCGACUGGUAAGAAGUUUGACAAAAAACGUGAUAACGCGCCCGUGGCCAUCUUUAAUUGUGGUGUUUGUGUCGCGGAUUUGUGUUGAAAAUGAAUCGUAAACAAAAUCGAUUGGUACCGGAGUCUGAGAUUUCAAUCCUGCCUUGCAUCCCGCAGCACAAACAGUCGCAGACUGACAUGGAAGACAGUCUGAAAGUCUUCUUGUCGACGGAAGAGGAAAUCGUGGAGAAGAAAAGCAAAUGGAAGAAAACUUGCAACAACUUCAAGGUGGCCAUUUUGGUGGGGAUCUGGGUGGUGUGUAGUUGCGCCCUUAUGACGAACACCGUCAAAGUGCAACGCAUGCACCAAGUCAGUAUUUCGGCAGGACAGACCAAAAGCUUCAUAAUCCUGGAAGAACCCAUGAACAACAAAAUCAGAGUAACCAUCGAGGGCGCCCUGCUCCCCCCUUGCUACGAAAACAUGUCCGUCAACCGCCUCAACGUCUGGAUCCAGUUGGUAGUCCUGAAAGAAACCUCCAGAAAAAUCAAACCGUCAAACAUCUUCCUGACUCAAAACGUGUCAGAAGUCUGGGAGGUGGCCCUAGUCCCCGAAAAACUCAUCGACGUCGUCCCCGAAGUCACCCACAAGAAAACCUUCCACCUAAAAUCGAUCAAAAUCGGCGACUUCAACACCAGUUUCCUGGAAGUGAGGUUAAGUACCAACAUGAAAACGAACUUCCCCCUAUCCGUGGCGUACAACCUCCAGCCCAUCAACACCGACUCUGGUAUCAUCUACGCCGGCUUGGUGCUCAUCGGGCUAUACGUUUUGAUCAUCUUCGAGUUGGUACAUCGGACGUUGGCGGCCAUGCUUGCUAGCACCAUGUCGGUGGCGAUUUUGGCAGCCCUGAAUGCACGGCCUACUAUGGGUGAAAUUAUUUCUUGGAUCGAUGUGGAGACGUUGCUGUUGUUGUUCUCGAUGAUGACUUUGGUGACGAUUUUUAGCGAGACGGGGAUUUUUGAUUAUAUGGCGGUGUUUGCGUAUAAGAUUACAGGGGGGAAGAUCUGGCCUUUGAUUAAUAUUCUGUGUGUGAUAACUGCCAUUUUUUCGUGUUUUUUGGAUAAUGUGACUACGACGCUUUUAACAACGCCGGUUACGAUUAAGCUUUGUGAGGUGAUGAAGCUGAAUCCGGUUCCAGUGUUGAUGUAUAUGCUGAUUUUUGCCAAUAUUGGGGGUGCUAUUACUCCGAUUGGGGAUCCCCCGAAUGUGAUUAUUGCAUCCAAUCCGGAUGUGAUACGAUCAGGCAUCAAUUUCGGCACCUUCACCCUCCACAUGGGCAUCGGCGCCACCCUAUCCAUCAUCGUAGUCUACGCCCAGCUGCGCUACACCCACCGGAACCUCCGCAUCUUCAAGUACGCCGAACCGACCCAAGUCCAAGAACUGCGCCGCGAAAUCGCCGUCUGGAAGCGAGCAGCGGCAUCUUUAAGCAGCUACAGCAAGGACGAAGAGACCGUCAAGGAGUCCCUCCUCAGAAGGAGCCUCACGCUUCUAGGAAAACUCAAACUAACCGCCCACAACACCAGCAUGACGGAGGAGAACUACAACACGAACCUGCAAGAUCUGCAGCGACAGUACCCAAUCAGAAACAAAGUCUUGUUGAUCAAGUCCGGAGUGACGCUGUUUUUGGUGAUUUGUGUCUUUUUCUUGCACUCGAUUCCGGCUCUGAGUAUUUUGGGGUUAGGGUGGACUGCUCUCUUGGGGGCUUUGUUGUUGCUGCUUUUGUACGACAAGGAGGACAUUGAGGGGAUUUUGGGGCGCGUGGAGUGGUCGACCCUCCUGUUUUUUGCGUCACUAUUUAUUCUGAUGGAGGCUCUUUCCCGUCUGGGUCUUAUAGACUGGGUUGGGAAACAAACCCAAGCUGUUAUUAUGUCAGUGGAUCAGGAGUCCCGUUUAACUGUAGCCAUAAUCCUUAUUUUGUGGGUGUCGGGGUUCGCUUCGGCCUUUGUUGAUAAUCUUCCUCUGACUACCAUGAUGAUAAGGAUUGCCACGAAUUUGGCUGAUAACAGAGAGCUCAAUCUACCUCUGCAGCCGCUGAUUUGGGCCUUGUCUUUUGGAGCGUGUCUUGGAGGAAACGGCAGCCUGUUCGGCUCUUCGUCCAACAUCGUCUGCGCGGGAGUAGCCGAACAACACGGAUACAGAUUCACCUUUUUGGAAUUCACCAAGGUUGGCCUUCCUGUAAUGGUGACCAGCAUGGCUGUCAUUACCGUGUACUUAAUAGUGUGUCACGUGGUCUUCCACUGGCACUAAACACCAUCAUUAUCUAACCGUUUUUAAUGGAUUUUGUGCAAAUAGAUAAUUUUAUUUUUA